AUGGUUCGACUGAAAUUAUCAUGUCUUUUUUUGUGCGUCGUCUGUUUCUCAAUCGUUACACUACUGUGCUUGUAUUUUCCUGACAAACCAAUUAUUUAUAAAAUCAGUAGGUUUUCAGCUCUUAACACUAGUAUUUUACUCCAACGUCAUUCAGUUAAAUUAUUUCAAACCAAGUAUGGCAUACUUUUUAUUUUUUAUUAUAUUUUGUGCUAUUUGUAUUUAUGAUAAUAAUAAUGUAAUGUGUGCAGAAAAAAUGAAGAAGUAGUUAUAGCUGUCGUGAUUUGUGGAAAUCGCACGUCUGAAGCAUUGGUCAUGAUCAAAUCGGCUAUAAUUUUUCGAGGCAAUACAGAUCUGAGAAUUGUUGUGGUUGCAGAGAAGAAUAUACAACAAGAAUUUGAUGAAACUGUGAGUACCUACAAUAUAAAUGGAUAAAUAGUAUAAUUUACUCAGUUCGUGUCAUUAUUUAGUUACGAGAUUGGAAACUGUUGACAAAUGAUUCAUUUUCAUACGAGAUACAUAGUAUAACGUUCCCUAAAGAACACUCGGAUGAAUGGAGAAAAUUGUUUCAGCCGUGUGCCUCUGAACGCCUCUUUUUACCUGUAAAUAUAGUAUAAAACUAAUAAUUAAUGAUUAAAAAUAUUUAUAAUAAUAAUAUAUAUAUAUAUAUAUAUAUACAUAUAUUUUAAUUUAUAGUCAGUUUUAAGUCAUUUGGACUCUAUUCUUUAUGUGGAUACUGAUACACUGUUCUUAAGCAACGUGGAAGAUGUAUGGAAGCAUUUUGCUCUAAUGAAUUCUUCUCAAUUAGCAGCAAUGGUACCCGAACACGAAGACAUGAAUGUUGGAUGGUAUAAUCGAUUUGCUAAACAUCCGUACUAUGGGAAACUAGGUUGGUAAUUCUAUGUGAAAUCUAAAAUAUCAAAUUAAUUGUAUAAUUAAUUGUACUUAUAGGAUUAAAUUCAGGUGUAAUGUUAAUGAAUCUCACUCGAAUGAGAGAAUUUGAUUGGAUUGGUCGAUUAGCACCAGUUCUAGAAAAAUAUCGACUUUACCUUACUUGGGGAGACCAAGAUAUUAUUAAUGUUAUUUUUCAUGAUCAUCCAGGUAAAUUGUUCUGUUCAAUCGCAUACCAAAAUUGAAACAUUAUAUUUUUAGAUAAGGUUUAUGUGUAUCCAUGUCGAUAUAACUUUCGAUCUGAUCAUUGUAUGUACAUGAGCAACUGUAAGUCAGCUGAAGAAAAUGGUAUCGCCGUUCUCCAUGGAUCUCGUUCUACAUUUCAGACAAAUAAACAACCUGCUUUUCGAGCAAUAUUUAAUGCCAUGGCUCAAGUAUAUUAUUAAAAUUAUGAAUAAAUUAUAGAAUAUUAUUCAUAAGUAGCUACAUGAAUUAUUUUUUUUGUUUUUUUAUAGUAUCAACUUGGAAGUGAUCCAGUAAAAUAUCUCUUAGAUAAAGCUACUAGUUUACUAAAUGAAACUAUAAUAACAAACUGUGGACAUCUCGCACCUAUAUUCACGCAUAAUAUGAGAAUUCUUUUUCAGACUAUUUGA